AUGUUGCGAUCAGAGAAAAGUGAAGUAAGAGCUUUCGUGACUUUUAACAACUCAACCGAUCGUCAAGUUGAGAUUCGUUGGGUUAAUUUCUAUGGAGAAAAUAUUCAUUUCACAGUAUUGGAGCCUGGAGCGCAUUCGCAUGUGAACACAUUUUGCACUCAUCCUUGGAUAUUUUUAUGUCCUAAUACUGGUGAAAGACUUCAAAUCAAGCAUAGUUACGUUUUCUUACCUGAACCAUGGCACAAACAUAUUAGCAAGGCGGAGAAUGGUCAAAUAACAGCAUCACGACAAAAAGCAAAUAUUCAUUAUCCACUGAAAGCAUUAAAAGAUAUUUGUCUAAGGAAAAUUGCGUUAGUUGUACGAUCCAAGGACGACAUUAUUGAAUUUCUAAUACCACACACUUUAAAAGCAGAUCUUUUUAAAGCUUUUGAUCUCACAAACAGAUUUAAUCCUGAAUUUCACGACACUUUUGGAAGAACAUUUUCUUGA